AUGUCCUCUAAACGAGGCCGCAAGCGCAACGACAAUCUACCUCCAAACCGUGCAAGAGAUGUGCAGAGGGCUUUCAGAGCCAGAAGGGCGGCCCACUUAGAGGCUUUGGAGCAACGUGUCUCUGAACUCGAGGAGGAAAAUGACUGCCUAAGACAGGCAUUAAACCUGCCGCCUGCCAACCGUCCUCUGCUGGGCAAAGGCCCGACGGGCAAGGAUAAACCCAAACUCAACGAGAGUGCUCAGCUCUUCAGUUCAAGUCGCGAUUCGUCCUCAGCAGAUGCCGAUUCUCCCACAUCCACUCGCACCAGCUCUCUAUCGCCGUCCGCUAUCACCGCGUCGAUGCCAUCCAGGAGCGUCCAAGUCGUAGAUGCCACUGCUCCCUGGGAACCACUUGUUGUGAACGACCAUGCAGACUCCCAGUUGUCCACAGCCUCACCGACAUUUCAGCUUCCCCCCAUGUCGGCGCCACUCCCUUCAAAGCCAUUCCAAUACCCUUCAGUGUAUCACUCCCCUCCCAUGCAUGCGAUGUCACCGGCGGCUCGCCAUUCGAUAUCGGGUCCUUUGUAUACCAUGGACUCGCAGACAUUCGCCCCUCAGUCAGAAGACAGACCGAUGUCGACCACGUACGGGAGCAACGGCAACUACAUGAUGCGUAUGGACGGCAUGCGUGAGCAACAGCGACAGCCUGACUAUUCCUAUCAUCAAUCACCAUACGAUUCCCAUACUGCAAGUAGUAUGUCGGCCGAAAGCCCACCAGCGACGGCACCAGCCCACUCCCAGUCCCACCUCUCGCAGCGGGAGUCAUAUUCGGCUUCCCUCGCAUAUCCCCAUCGCCGCUCCCAGACCGAGCCUCAGUACUCUCUCGGGUUUUCUCAUCUGCCACCACCUCCUCCGUCGCAAAAUCUCAUGCGCCCGCAGUCACCGCUGCGGCUACAAGAGAACGGCAUGCAACCCCACCCCCAAUCAUAUCCCAGGCAUGCAACAUACGCGCCGGAUGGGCGUCUGGACUCUCUCUCAUAG